AUACGUCAACUAAGUGCCAAAUGGUCUAGGACGAUAUCAGGGGUUUGCAAGGCAGCCAAGACUGCGACCUUAUUUUCUGUCACAGCUACAUUUUGUCAAAUUCAAGGUCCCAUUGAACUGUGGAAGGAAUGCCACAGACACACCCACCGUAAAGGACAAUCACUGUUGUUGGCACUUCCUUCUUCACUCCAAACAGAAUCUCGCUUAUCACAUCUAUUUCCGGUGAUGAGUUACCCCGGAUACCCCUCUGGAUCAGAUGGCUACCCACCCCAGGGCGGCGCUUACCCUCCUCAGCAGGGCAUGUACCCACCUGCAGGUGGAGGCUACCCACCCCAAGCUGGAGGCUACCCAUCCCAGCCUGGAGGCUAUCCAUCCCAGCCUGGAAGCUACCCACCCCAGGCUGGGGGCUACCCUCCUGCAGCAGGAGGUUAUCCCCCUCAGGCUGGAGGUUACCCAGGGCAGCCAGGGGGAUACCCAGGGUUCCCACCCCAGGGAGGUGGCUAUCCCCAGGGACAGCCAGGGGCUUAUCCCUCCAUGCCUCCUGCAGGUGGAUGGGGGGGGCAGCCAGGCUAUGGUACACCUGGAGGAGGGAUGCCACAGGGCUACCCUGGAGGUCCUGCACCAGGACAGCAGUCAAUGCCAGGAUACCCAGGGACUGGCCCCACUCCCAACCCAUCCAUGCCAGGCAUGCCUGGGUAUGGCGGAGGAAUGCCGUCUGGCCCUGGUGCACCUACAGUGCCUGCUAUGAAUCGGGGUUUCCGUGGAACCAUAAAGGAUUUCCCUGGUGCCGACCCUUUCCGAGAUGUGGAGGUUCUCCGCAAGGCCAUGAAGGGCUUUGGCACUAAUGAGGAUGCAAUCAUUGAGUUGUUGGGAGCCCGCUCCAAUAAACAGCGGGUCCCCAUGGUGAAGGCUUACAAGACCACCUAUGGAAAGGACCUAAUCCAUGACCUGAAGUCGGAGUUGACAGGCCACUUUGAGGAGCUUGUGCUGGCUAUGAUGAAGACCCCAGCAGAGUAUGAUGCCUUUGAGCUCAAGCAUGCUAUAGUGGGUGCAGGAACUGAUGAGCUAUGUCUGAUUGAGAUUCUGUCCUCUCGCAGCAAUGCUGAGAUCCAUGAGAUCAACACGGUGUACAAAGCAGAGUAUGGGAAGUCCCUGGAGGACGCCAUCCAGGGAGACACCUCAGGCCAUUUCCGUAGGUUGUUGGUUUCACUCUGCCAGGGUAACCGUGACGAGCGCGAGACUGUGGAUAUUGCCUUGGCUAAGCAGGAUGCCCAGAAACUGUAUGCUGCAGGAGAGCAUAAACUAGGCACUGAUGAGUCUCAGUUCAAUGCCAUCCUGUGCUCCCGAAGCAAGCCACACCUCAGACAAGUGUUCCUUGAGUACCAGCAGAUGUGUGGCAAGGACAUUGAGAAGAGCAUCUGUAAGGAGAUGUCUGGAGACCUGGAGUCGGGCAUGCUGGCAGUGGUGAAGUGUAUUAAGAACACACCUGCCUUCUUUGCUGAGAGACUCAACAAAGCUAUGAAGGGGAUGGGUACUAAGGACUGCACUCUUAUCCGUAUCAUGGUGACUCGUUCCGAGGUGGACAUGCUGGACAUCAGACAGGAAUAUCAGCGCACCUAUGGCAAAUCUCUCUACACAGACAUCUCUGGUGACACGUCUGGACAUUAUAAGAAACUGCUGCUGAAGCUGUGUGGAGGAAGUGACUGAGGGUGCCAUGAACACAUCUAUGACCAUCAGCUGCCUGCCAGCCAUCAGCCCAGCGGCACACUGCUCAGACCUCCGUCUGCACUAGUGCCAACUUCCCAUUAGCAUUAGCACCUCACAGACAAUGUUAUAUUGGCCUAAGGCUAUUUUUCGUUAGAUGCAUGAAUAUAUAUAUAAUAUAUAUAUAUAUGUGUGUGUGUGUGUGUGUGUGUGUGUGUGUGUGUGUGUGUGUGUGUG